AUCAUUGUCAUCAUCAUUUGUAUAUUUUACUAUAUAAAUUAAUUAAUAGUACUAUUUAAUAGUUAGUUAAUAAUACCAAUUAACAGUUUAGCAGUUUAUUAUCCAUUUGUAUUGAUGCAUAAAAUUAGAAUGUUUAAUAUGUAUAUUAUCUUUCUGAAUGACAUAAACUGUGUGAAAGGUCAUAUUACUUCAAAUAGAUGGGAAAAUAUGACCUUUGGACUCUGACUGUCUGCAUCAGGUGUUUUCUCACAACAUCUGCAACCCUUAUUUGAUCUUGAAAGCACAUUGAAACAUUUCAGUAACUGAGCAGUGAUUUACUGGUGGUUAAAAACACAUGCUUCUGCUGUAAUAUUUAGGUGUGAGUUUGCCCUCUUAAUACACUUUACAUUGCAUGACUUCAGUCUUCGCUAUUACUAUGUUAAUUUAAUCGCCAUAGAUGUGUUCUGGAUACAAGUCACCACUGCAGUUGCAAACUACACUGUUCCUCUUAGUUGUACCUACAUUUUCCCUGUGUUUUAUUUUACAUUCCAACAAAGUACAGCCAAUCAAAAGCCAGGUCUGAGAAUGAUGACCUGACUGUUGCGUUGGAGUUCGAACUUUGUUCUCAGUGACAAAAGAGUCGCAGAGAGAGUCAGGACAACAUUUUGAGAGAUAUUUUGGUUCGGUCCCAAAUUUGACAUUAUUUCAAGGAUAUUUUAGACAGGGUCAUAGUAAUGGAACUGUAUUCAGAUCAGAGUUGUGAGGGGUUAGAACUGCUUGAUUUGCUCUUCGAUAAGAAUAACGGCAUCUUACGGCAUGAGGAUAUGGGACAGCAAAAUCAGCUUUGGCCAGUUCAAGAUCCUCAUAUGAUGAUGCCCACCCAGGGUAGUGAGGACUUCAAAGCACUUCUAGGUGGGUGUGACUCUGUGUCUGGGUCACCGGUUUGGUCACCCUCUCCAAGCGACAGUGGAAUAAGCGAGGACCCUCAUUCGGAUCACAUCGACAGUCUGCCACCAACUGGAAGUGCCCCUGUGGAGCCCCGCUUAGUCCCAUCCGAGACACAACACAACCAUGAUGGCUGGGAGACUGGCUUCUUCCCAGAUGGGGCCGGAGGAAUGCGGCAUGCGUCUGAAAGGCCACAAGUGCAACCGACCACUGUAUUCCCCCUCACUGUCAUGGAUCUGCUGCUAUCUGACACACCAGACCCUCUCACAAAGACGUCCCAGCAAUCCUACCAGGAGCUUGUUCUAACAGAAGAUGAGAAACGACUGCUUGCCAAGGAGGGAGUGACUCUGCCAAAUCAGUUUCCGCUCACCAAGUACGAGGAAAGGAUUCUGAAGAAAAUUCGCAGAAAGAUCCGCAACAAGCAGUCGGCUCAAGAGAGUAGAAAGAAGAAGAAAGAAUAUAUCGAUGGCCUGGAGAGCAGGAUGGCUGCAUGCAGCGUGCAGAACCAGGAAUUACAGAGGAAGGUCUUCCAACUGGAGAAAUGUAACAUGUCUCUGAUGGAACAGUUGCGUAGGGUGCAGGCACUGGUCAUGAACGGAUCCAACAAAACGGUCCAGACUGGGACAUGUGUUCUGGUGCUGCUUCUGUCAUUCACCCUAAUUCUACUGCCCAAUCUAAAGCCCUUCACCGACACCAAGGUCAGCCAACAUGGAGACUUCAGCCCACUGAGAGUUCAGUCACGGUCACUGCACAACCUCCAGUCUUCUCGAGUGCUGCACACCCUGGAGCAUCCGUACUCCGUGGCUGAAGACUCCAAAAUGCUUCCUCGCUUCUCUGGGGAUAAGAAUAUGGACGAGAUAACGUCACUUCUGAGAAAACUUCACAGGAGACCUGGACUCACUAAUUAUGACCCUGAAUCUCACAACCACAGUCUCGACCAGCAUGACGGCCAUCACCAUGGAGACCCCAUCACUGGGCAUUUAGCCACAGUGACCUUGACUCCACGACGUGGCUCAAGGCAGAGUCCACAUGCUGAUGAUGUGUGAAGGGCACAGGGGGAUUUACCCAGGGAUUUGUCAAAACUCCUUUAACAGUACUUUUUAAGACAAAAUCCAGCUAACAGAUGGCUGGAAGGUCUUUUUUUAUAAUGUUUUUUUUCCUGCUGAAGUAAUCUUGUGGAGAUGUGGAGAUUACUUUUUAUGUAUUAUAUAACUUUGGUUAAAGCAAUAAUUAAAUUUUAUCUGUUUGUUUAUAUGCUGGAAAUCCAUAUUUUCUCACACUUUGUUUUUGGUUAAAAUAUAAAGUGGGGUCCAAAAGUAUAUCUAUUUUGGUUAGGGUUAGAUUUAGUUAAUCUGUUUUUAAUUAUAUAUACAGUACAUAUACAGGGCUGUGUAUAUAUAAUUACAUGAAUUUCAUGAAUAGCUUUCAUGACUUUUGGGCUCCACUGUAUUUGUAAUGGCAGUAGUUUUAGCCACAGCUGUAGAGCGCAACAGUGCCCGCCCACUCUUGGUUUCGGAAGAGUUUCUACCAUGAAUUGUUUUCCAUAGGGAUUUUAUAAAGUACUUCAUUGAGGAGUUCUAAGCCAUGAACCAACUCAACCAGCUCCGAGGUGUAUCACAACAUUACAAACUUUGGUUUAACGCAAAAAGAUAAUUGAAAAUUGGACAAAAAGACAAAGGUACAAGACUGUGUACUUACCAUCUGGGAAUGAACAACAAUCCCAUGAAGCACUGCGAAUGAUGUAAUCAACUUAAAAAGCAAUGGAAAAAUAUAAAACUAACAAUUUAAAGUUGUUGAUUUUAAGUAUAGAAACAAUAUAUUUUCAUUUUAUUACAAUAUAUUCAAAUAAAUACUUAAGUAUUUAAGUAUUUUAAGGCUACGUCUCCAUUAAUCCAGAUACAUUUAAAAAUGACGUUUUCGUUUUUCAAAACACUCUCUGUCCACAUUGCCGUUUUUAGGUGUUUCCCAAAAGUUGCUCAUCCACACUGAAAUGUAUGAAAAUGCUUAAAUUCCCUUACUGCGCAUGCGAAAAAUCGCUGUUGCAUGUACGGUAAGAAACACAAUUGUCCUCGCGUUCUGUUGCUGGACACCAAUUCUGAGUAAACUUCCUGUCGCAUUUGAAGGAAUGCAAUGUGAAGGUUGUACAAAGUAACAUUUAUCUUUAAAAAGGCUAUCAAAGUGAAUAUCAGGCACAACAGCGCUGCUAUAACACUGGCCGUCAUCUUGAUUAUUUUGGUUGAAUGGAUCACAUGACUGCGUCACAUGACAACAAAUACGUCAUUGUUUUCAGAUAUAUCUGUUUUCCCAGGUCACACACUACAGCGUGACGAAUCCAUUUUCAAAUGUAUCCACUUGGGAGAGUGUUUUCAAAAAGCUAAAUUUUUGCUGACAAAAACGCCGUCUUAGUGUGGAUGGAAGGGCAAAACGGAGAGAAAAAGAUGCAUUUUCAAAUUAAACGUAUUAGUGUGGAUGUGGCCUGAGAGUGUAGGGAGACACAAUUGCAUAAUUCACAGUACAUCAGUGGGCAAUCACUGCAGAGCUAUUAUGGCACCAGUUGUGCAAUGCAGUUCCCUGAUUGGUGGAUCAUUUCUUUUCAGGAUCAUGGGUAGUGUAGUUCUUCACCAGGAAUUCUGCUUUUAAACGCGAUUUAUUUAAAAGAAGAUGAAACAAUGCGGACUGAUGACUUCAAAAGAAGUGUAUACCUAUUAUACAUCUAUUAACAACCACUAGCUCAUGGUUGGUCUGUCUUUAAAGGUUUAUAAGUUAUCAUUAAACACUGGUCCAACUCAUGAAUUUUACAUUUUAGAAUUCGUCAGCUUUGUAAGUUUGUCCUCAAGGAGUGUCCUGUGUUUGCUUUCCCUUUGAAGAGAGUUUGUGGGCACUAAACUCAGGGCUGAAGUUAAUCUUUUAUGGACCUAAAACUCCUAGGUUGCACACUUUAAAGUGAUUCAUAAGUUGCUUUUAGUAACAAAUGUGCUUUUAAAUAAAAUCACAAUGUGCUCAAUUGUCUUUCAACAUGUUUCAUAAGUGUACAUCACAUCUUUUCAAUAAAUUAUUUAAAAUAUA